AUCGGUGGAGUCCGCUGAAUACGACCACCAAAAUGCGAUAUCAGAAUGUCUGCAACAGCUGAAAUGUAAAAUAUCACAAUCCCUUGGGAAACGGAUUCACAGAUUGGUUGUCAGAAGACUCGAAAAGAAGCUUUUGCAGGUUGGGGUCUUCAGUUCGAGGCAAACCACGACUCGCCAAGCUGGAGUUCAGGUGGUGAAAGGUUGAGGUACAGCUGGUCGGAAGCCGGCGGUCGAUCGUUGGUCGGCGAAGAGCUUUUCGUAUAGGAUUGAAGGAGUUACUGCCCAUUGACCGAUCAUGCCAUGAAGGAUGCGAAGGGUUUAUAGGUGGCAGUUUAAGACUUUAAGUUGUGAGGCGGGUGAACAAAGAUGAGUGAUCGGAUGGUGCUAUUGGCCGUGAACUGCUCUUCAGGACACCAUAUCCAACCUCCUUCAGGCAGGCUGCAAUUAGCUGAAAGUUUCACCAAACAUUUGAGACCUCUACGAGCUAACAUAAAGAUGACCUCCCGAAAUUUAAGUGAUGGAACUAUCAAACAUGCAGAAACCCUCAAAGAAAUAAAUGCAAUAUCUAAAGUUCCUCAUGUAAUGACUGUUGCGGGUUCUGAUUCGGGGGCAGGAGCUGGCAUACAAGCUGAUUUAAAGGCUUGUGCUGCACUUGGUGUUUUCUGUUCUUCUGUCAUUACAGCAGUGACUGCUCAAAACACUUGCGGAGUCCAGGGAAUUCAUGAGGUGCCAGAAAAUUUUAUUUAUGAACAACUGAAGUCAGUAUUAUCAGAUAUGCAUGUCGAUGUGGUGAAAACUGGGAUGCUUCCUUCUGUUGGUGUGGUUAAGGUUCUCUGUGACAGCUUGAAAGAGUUCCCUGUUAAAGCUCUAGUGGUAGAUCCUGUCAUGGUUUCUACAAGUGGAGAUGCACUGUCAGGGCCAUCUGUCCUAGAUAUACUUCGGAAGGACCUUCUUCCCAUGGCGGACAUUGUUACUCCAAAUCUUAAAGAAGCGUCUACUUUAUUGGGUGGAACUGAGGUCAAAACAGUUGCUGAUAUGCAUUCUGCAGCAAAAUCAAUCUAUUCUUUAGGCCCAAGAAAUGUUCUGGUCAAAGGUGGGCACCUUCCAGACUCAUCAGAUGCUAUUGAUGUAUUUUUUGAUGGUGUGCAUUCUGUUGAGCUCCAGGCACCACGUAUCAGGGCUUAUAAUACACAUGGAACUGGUUGCACCCUGGCAUCAUGUAUAGCUGCUGAGCUGGCAAAAGGUUCUCCUAUGCUUCCAGCCGUCCAGGCAGCAAAACAGUUUGUUGAGCAGGCGCUUGAGCACAGCCAAGAGUUUCUCAUAGGAAGUGGGCCUCAGCGGCCAUUUAAUCACUUAUUCAUGCUUCAAACUGGUGAUGUGAAACAGCCACAGAAACCAUUUAAGCCAGCUGAUUUGUUCUUAUAUGCAGUCACUGAUUCUGGAAUGAACAAAAAAUGGGGCCGUUCCAUUUCAGAAGCUGUGAAAGCUGCCAUUGAAGGUGGGGCAACAAUUGUCCAAUUGAGAGAAAAGGAGGCUGAAACCAAGAAAUUUGUAGAAGCAGCUGAGGAAUGCAUGGAGAUUUGCAAGUCAUUUGGUGUGCCUCUGUUAAUUAAUGACCGGAUAGAUGUAGCCCUUGCUUGUGAUGCUGAUGGAGUGCAUGUUGGGCAGUCAGAUAUGAGUGUCCCCAUGUCUCGCAAGCUACUUGGCCCUGGAAAGAUCAUUGGUGUCUCCUGCAAGACUCCUGAGCAAGCCCGAAAAGCUUGGUUGGAUGGUGCUGACUAUAUUGGCUGUGGUGGCAUGUUCCCUACAAAUACAAAGCAGAACAACCCUACGAUUGGGUUGGCUGGAUUGAAAGCAGUCUGUGAGAGCUCACCGUUACCUGUUGUGGCUAUUGGUGGCAUUGGCAUCAAGAAUGCCCAUUUGGUCAUGGAAUCUGGCUUCCCAAAUUUAAGCGGUGUAGCUGUUGUCUCAGCACUGUUUGAUCGAGAAUCUAUUUCUGAGGAGACUCGUAGGCUGAAGUCUGUGAUCUCAAAAGUGGUAUCAAACUGAUAUGAAAUGGUCACAGAAUCUGAUAACUUAUGCUCAGUUGGCUUGAGAAAAUAAAUGGAUAAUCUAUUCUUCAUUGUAGCCAAUAAAUUGGUUUGCAUGGAAAUAAAUGGUUUUAGAAAUCUCUGACUCAA